GAGGGCGUGUCCGGUCCGCCUUUUUACACGGGAGUGUCCAAAGAAGAAGGCAACACAGCGACGACGAGCUAAAAAAUGUCGUCGGUGCCUGACGGGAAGAAGCUUGUCCGGAGCCCGAGUGGACUUCGCAUGAUGCCGGAGAACGGCGCCUUCAACAGCCCUUUCUCCCUGGACGAGCCGCAGUGGGUUCCUGACAAAGACUGUCCCAGAUGUAUGCAGUGCGACACCAAGUUCGACUUCAUCCGAAGAAAGCAUCACUGUCGACGCUGCGGCCGAUGCUUCUGCGACAAGUGCUGCAGCAAGAAGGCGGCGCUGCCCCGCAUGUCCUUUGUGGACCCGGUGAGGCAAUGUGGCGACUGCAGCCUGCUCUCGCAGAAGGAGGGCGACUUCUACGACAAGCAGCUCAAAGUGCUCCUGGCAGGAAGCAUCUUUCUCGUCACUUUGGGAGUGUCAAACAAGUCUGAAACCAUGACGUGCCGCCUGGCCAACAACCACAGGUACAUGUUCCUGGACGGUGAAAGCCACUUUGAGGUGGAGUUGUCUCGCAUCUCCAGCAUGCAGAUUCAGACUGACGGGACGAGUCCAGGAGAAAAUGACCUGCUGGAUAAUCAGUGUGCCUACGAAGGAUGUGCGUCACGGGCCAGCGGCAUGCUGGUGCACUACAAGCCCAUGGGCUCCCAGGACACUCAGCAGCUGCACUUAGAGGCGGCCGAUGACAAGAAGGCGGCGGCGCUCUGGCUGGCCGCCAUGCACAAGGGCGCCAAGCUGCUGUACGAAGCCAAGGACCAGUGAGAAGACGUCCAGUCAGAACCAGCACACACACACACCAGACCUAGCCUUCUCUGUCCCGCCGUCGUGAUCAGGAUGUGAUCCACAUCUCACCUGGGAAAACCUCUCACAGCCAAACGUACCUAAUCUCUCUACUCUGAACCAAGACCAGCAGGCUGUAAAAAACCUCAGCAAGUCCUUCUCGUUUACACGAAAACCUUUUCUUUCAUAAAGAAAAAGGGCAGAAAGCUGCUCUCCUUUGCACAAAGUAUUCACUCGGAUUCCAUCUUCCACAUGGAGCUUCUUCCAGAACAAGGUCCGAGUUUCUUCCACUUGGGAAAAAAUGGCACACUUCAUUAUUUUGGUUCAUUAGACCUGCCAAAAAGUUCAAUAACAAACAUCUCAGCUGUGCGUUGGGAUGAUAGCUUCUUCUUCUCAUCGUAUAUUUUCACAGAUUUAGUCCGGUUCGAAUCGUUUCUCAACAUCUGAUGCACACCUUCUAUUUUCGGAAUAAGAUGCAAGCCCAGGAGCUACAAAAAGCCAGUUUGGACACGCCUGUUCAACUAAAUUGUUGUCACUUUUAUCCUUAUUUUGUAUAUUCCGGAGGAAACCAACCGUAGACAUUUGAUUUUGGUCUAUUUUGGUUUAAGUAUUUUGAGUUCCACAAGUUUUUAAAAAGCUAGUCAAAGAUUAUCUCUAUGACAGUGCUCUAGUGUUUUUAGGAAUCUUCUGCAAAAAUGUGAGUUUCUCACAAGUUUUUUGAGCUAAACAAGCGGGAAUUGCUCAAAUGAUUAAAAAACAAAAAGAGAGGACCUAAAAUGGAGCCCUGAGGAACACCACUAGUGUAACUAAAGACGUUAAACAAAUGAUUACGGACUCUAUAUGAAGUAAACAAGCUACAGCAACACCUCAGUUACACAAAUCGCAUUACGAAAACCAUUUAUAACUGCCAAAAAUGAGAGGACUUAAAGGGGUGCCUUGAGGAACGCCUCAGGUAUAUAUAUCAAAGCUUCGGACCCCGGUGUUCUAUGUUUGCGAGCGGGGUUAAAAUGUCUGCCAAUGUGUUUACAGUGGUCCAAGUUUCUCUAUAAGACAGGAGCACUCUAGGAAUUGCAUGCAAAAAAUGUUUCGAACUGAACUCGAGGGUGUAAUUCUCGUGUAGGAUUAGCCAUGUUCUAGAGUGUUCUACAUCUUCUCGUGUACUCUGCCAGCAAAGUGCUGGCAGAGUACACCUUUCCACUACAGAGGGGACCACUCCGAUAUUAACACUGAAUUUGGCCCUAGUGUAUGAAUGUGAGUGUGAAUGUUGUCUGUCUAUCUGUGUUGGCCCUGUGGUGAGGUGGCGACUUGUCCAGGGUGUACCCCGCCUUCUGCCCGAAUGCAGCUGAGAUAGGCUCCAGCACCCCCCCGCGAACCCAAAAGGGACACGCGGUAGAAAAUGGAUGGAUGGAUAGUCUGGAUAUUAAUCGUAUUCAAUAAUUAUAUCUAACUUACUUACAGUUUACCACCUUGUCAAAGGAUAUGGAACCAAGUGCUAAUCACAAAGAUUAUAAUCAAGGCUUAGGUCAGACUGAUUACAGAAAUACUCUCUUAAAAAAUAAAAAAAAAUAAAUGUAUACACAAUUACAGUGCUAAAAAAAAAAAUCAAUUUGAACUAAAUAAUCAUAAUAAUAUGUUUCCUAAGUAAACUUCCAAUAAAUUUAAAUUGCAAAUUAAAAUACAGCUUCACCACUUAUGUCAUAUUUUUUGCGCUGAAGAAACUUCUCUAUGACUUUAGCUCCAGACUUCUUCUGCUUGUUUGAUACUGUCAUUACUGCCACAAGUGGUGGAAAAGUGUAUUACAGCAGAGUACCGCUGCGACGCUUACGGACCACAGCUGAGAAACAGAUAUUUUUUUAGCCUUAUGGUUAAGAAACACUGGCCUUGAGGGCCCUACUGUUUCAAGAGUUAUAUUCGGCCCUUUUCCUGGUCUGACCAUGUAAGCCCCGCCCCACUGAAGUGUUGGGCAGGGCGUAUGAUUCCGACUAAUACACAGGACGACUUUUUCCACCUCAAAGAAAAACUCUAAAACUCUUCCAAGUCAAACUGUCGACACCUCUAGAUGUCACUUACUAGUUCCACGGCAUACCUUUUUAAACCAUUUCCUCUGAAACAUCUUUUAUGGAUGUGUGACUGUUUAUUGUAACUGUGACAAAUUGUUACAUUCACUUGUCGAAUCUGUUCUUGUAUGUUUUGGACUUCACCUUUUAAGUCAGCUUGGAUCCAUCUGUCCCAGUCCAUGAACAACACUAGCCCUCAACACGUGAAGUACUCACAUGGAAGUUUUAUGAAAGAUACCUUGUUGGAUCCUCCUACUUCACCAGAAGCCAAAUUCUUGCUUUCAUACUUUGUCAAAUUGUUGUCUCCACCAUCUAGAACUAUUCUGGAACAAAAACCAACCGGCAGCAGCUAUUGACCAUUGACAGCAUAUCUUCGAGACGCUGAGAAAAAUAAACUUUGGGCAAUGAAGCGACCAGAACAAGGCUGGAGCACCUACGACCCAACUAGCUACAGAGAUGGGUCUUAAGCCAACGGUAACGCAACAGGCGGAGGAUGUAUCAUCCACGAUCCACCGUUCUCUCGCCGUACCAACCGGCAGAUGGUGCUCCUCCUUCCAAGCGGAAAUGAAAGCGAUCAAAGUUACAAGCUGUCUAAGGAAGAAGAAGCCAGAAUAGUUAGUGACAACCAAUCGUCACUGCUGAGUAUCCAGAACACCUAACCCUCCAAACCCCUCCCCAUAAUCAUCCAAAUCUUUUCUGACCUCAUCACUUGGUGUCCAAGCCACUGUGGUUUACCGGUAAUCAACCUGCCGACCGUCAAACUAGAGGGGGAGCCAAAUCUGACCAAUCUGAAGUCUACUGCCACUACGAUUCAGCCAAGGUGGCGAUCCGACGGGCGAUUAGGGGCAGUCCAUAGGGGUGAGAAACUUGAACCGCCUGGCGGGGGGGAGUCAUUCCAGAAGUGGGCACCACCUUGGAAUAGAAUACUGGCUCGCUAAGAUCAACCGGGCCGUGGACACGAUUUGCCGGAAAUGGGGCCUUGGUAAGGAGACUCCACAGCACGUCGUCUACGAUUGCCCGCUCAUCCACCCCCAGAUCUGCUCGCUACUGAUCCUCUUCGCGCUUUGUCUACAUGGGAGACGUGGAAGUUAACGCCCGGUCUACCUGAAGUUUCCCCAACCUGGUCCUCGGGACCAACAAUAGAAGUUGCAGCUUUGAGUCCCACAGCAGGACGGAGUGCCUGGUGGGAUACCCAGCGGUUGUCUACCACCAUGCGUGUAUGGCCGUAUCAUUCUUAAUAACAAUAAUCAUACUUUAAUACAUUCCUGCAAAGAGUCUUCUGAGAAAAUGCACAUAGUUGAACCCAUCGGAUGAAGGAUCUGAAUCCGCGCUGGAAAAACUCAAGUGAAGAUCAAACAACUUUUCCCACAACAAUAUCAACAAUGGUAAGAAUUAUGACUCCUCGUCAGCAUAACCAGUACCAGUAUUGUUCAUCACUGCAGUCUGCUUGGUCAGCAGAGGUUUAUUUUUGUACGCUAAUCACCUAAGAGUUUGUUACCAAGCAGAAGAAUGAAGUGGAAAAAUGUCUCACUGGCUUGUAUUAAUGAAGGAGAAUAAAGUACAAGUCUUUCUACUUUUAAAGGCUUGGAUGGACGUGA